UUCUACCUUUGCAAGUUCUAGUAAAUCUCUUCUCAGACAAUUUAUCUUUGUUCUUUUCCUCUGUUUUUCUUCUAAUUCAAGCAUUGAAAUUUCAAAUUAAGAGAAAAUGCAUGAUUGGGAUUUUGGGAAAUUGAAGUAGAUUCUAAUCUUGCAUAAUCUAAGCAGGUUUUUGUGUUUUUAUUCAGUUUUGGGACUACCCAUUUGAUUUUUUGAAAGAUUUUGAAUGGGUUUGGUUCUGAUUAUUAUAAUAGAUUCCUAUUUUGGAAGUUCUAACUAGUUUUGGCGCAUUUUUGUUUGGUUUGAGAACUACUCAGUUGUUAUGCUGAGGAUUCCAAUUCUGGGUGUUUUCAUUCAUUUCAGGAAUUGCCUACUUCAAAUUUUCAGGACUGGAAAGGUUUCAGCUUCUGGGUGUCUUAAAAAUCGCAUUUUAAAUUUUUUGCUUGAUUGUUUCUCUUUCUUUGGGCUCUGCUCUUUGAAUUGAGACGGUCGUAUUUUGAGAAAUUUGGAUUUGCCGGAGGAUGAUUCUGUCGUACAAUGGUUAUUUCCUUUCGAAGUUCUAUUCACUUUUGGGUAGAGUCUGUGUUGGAAAAAGUUUCUAUUUUUGGAUUUUCCAAAUAUUCAACAGGUACAUUAUAGGCACUUAGAAGCAAUUUCUUCAUCUUUUUUGUUUUUUCAAUAUAUAUUUUAGAUACUUUCCACUGUGAAAAAAAAGGCUGUUCUUGGAGACUUGGACUGUUUGGAGAGUGGAAGAAUGGGUGGGAUGUCAUUGCCGCCUGGUUUUCGAUUCCACCCAACUGAUGAGGAGUUGGUGGGGUAUUACUUGACGAGGAAAGUAGAUGGACUGAAGAUAGAGCUUGAAGUUAUUCCCGUAGUCGAUUUAUAUAAGUUCAACCCGUGGGAGUUACCAGAUAAAUCGUUCCUUCCCAAAAGAGAUAUGGAGUGGUUUUUUUUCUGUCCCCGUGAUAGAAAGUAUCCGAACGGUUCACGUACAAAUAGAGCUACUCAAGCAGGCUACUGGAAAGCCACUGGGAAAGAUCGAAAAAUAGUCUGCCAUCCUGCUGCGAUCGGGUUUAGGAAGACCCUUGUUUUCUACUGUGGAAGAGCUCCUUCAGGAAACCGGACGGAUUGGGUGAUGCACGAAUAUCGUCUCGGUGCGGAUCCUUCUCAAGGAUCUUCUGGUCAUCAGGGAACUUUCACUUUGUGCCGGGUCAUAAAGAGAAAUGAUCUAGGACAGAGAACCAUCUAUCUUCAGGGAGAAUCCAAAUCCAAGAGGAGCAUUUCUUCUUCCAUUGAUGACCUCACCCCAAGAUUCUCAACAGAUGUCUUAAGAACCUCUGAAGAAAGUCUAUCUCAAGCAAGAACUAUGUUAAAUGGAAGUAAUGAUUCAACACUGAUCAGUUCAAGUUCUGAAGUUAGCAGUGGGAUAGAGCUACAGCCAACCAUGACAGAUAUUGAUCAAACAAGCCCAUUGUUCUCGCGUUAUCUAGCUUCAGACACUCUGAAGGAAUCUGAAUGCUUACCCCUGACUGAAUUUCCAAACUCAGUAACAGAAUGGAAACCAAGCAAUCCAAUCCUCUCUCCCUUCUCAACCUACUUCAUCGAGGAAGUUGAUCUAGCCGAAGAACUCAAUCGAAACAGCUGCAUGUCACCUUCUCCAAGACCUAUUAACUGCUCAGAGACAUGCAUAAAUAAAGAUUCGACGUUUCAAUGCCUUGAAUGGACAGAACCACUGGGCCAUGGGAUUCAAGCUUGGAACCUAAACAGAGCAGAUGGGAGUUUUGGGGAGCUGACCAACCUAUGGCUGCAAGAUGACAAUGUGGCGAUUGUGAUGUGAAGGAUCAGUAGACUAAUUGGUUGUCUAUAGCAGGACCCAUGAGGAAUGCUUUUGAUGAUUGUCACUGGAGGAAACAUAUAAAUACCACCUUUUUGAGUAUCUUAAGAAACACAGCAACAUCAAUCCAUUCUAGAGAUUAUGUUUGGACAAAGAAAUUACAGUUCGCUGUCCGUUGCACGGUAUCUCUCUGAAGCGUUUCACAAUCGAUAUUAGUACAUAGAAAUCAAACCAACUUCUUUUAUAGACCA